CACAACUCCACAACAAAAUGUAGUCUGGGCAUAUAUCCGGUGAAUCAAAUGCGCAACAAAAAGAAAAAGCUCUAUUAGAUGGAUCAUGAGACAAUUUGGGCUAUAGAGAAAAGGGGGAAAAAACGAGUUGGCCCUCCUCUCAUACCAAUUGCCAGCCUCUUCCUCCAAAUUGGGUUUUAGCUAUAAAAAAAAAUCGGGCUUGAAACACUUGUCCUUAAGAGUUAAGACCUUAACUAGACAAUUUUGGAGGGUUCACCCAAUUCACAAUAUCAUCUUGUGCUAUGUCUCGUCAAUUUUAUCAACGUUUCUUCUCUAUAAAACAUCAACAUCUAUGUUUCGCACAUUUUUCUUCUUUUCUACCUCAUCCAUAUUUCAAAGAUUUAAUCUUUUUCCUUUACUCUUCUAAUGAUGUUAAUUUCCAUAUUGUACCUUUUCCUACCUGCUAAAAAUUUUCUUGCAAUUCAUAUAUUUCUUCAAUCAUCUUCCAUAACAUAAAAUAAUGGAUUCACCAACUCUGAAAUUUAUUUUCAGACGACAAUGUGAGAAUAAUUUGAUGCAAUUAUUUGCAUUAAGAAGAGGUGUUUUCUAUGGAGAUGAUAUUUUUCAAAGGGUGCUUCCUUUCACCAUUCUCAGAUUAACCCUAUAUUUUAUUAUUUCUCAAGCUCUUCGUCGUAUUCUCAGGCCUUUUAAACAAACAGAAUUUGUCUGUAAUUUGUUGACUGGAAUUAUCUUAGGACCUUGUGUUCUAGGAAGACUUUACAAGCACUACAAGAUCAUUACAGAUAGACCAGGCCAAGUGCAAUUCAUCAACGUUGCAGCCUACAUUGGAGUCCUUUACUAUGUAUUCCUCAUCAGUGUAAAAACCGAUUUUGGUGUUCUCAAAAGGAGUGGAAAGAAAGUAUGGGUGAUAGGAUUGACAUCCCUAUUAACUUCAUUCUUUGUAAUGGCUUCACUCAACGAUCUUCUUCAUCCCCUUACAUACAAGUCUCCUUUCCUCGUCUACAUAUUCGCCCUCCAACAUUCCUCCACUUGGUUCACGAAUCUAGCUCCAAUGCUGGAAGAACUGGAUCUCUUGACUAGUGAAAUGGGGCAACUUGCGUUAGCCUCAUCGAUGACCAAUGAAGUGGUUACAUGGUGUUUCUGGAUGUACCUGAUGCUCACUUAUCUAUUUGGCAUUCGCGGUUUUUACAAUGGUGUUUUACCACUGUGUGUAAUUGUGGGAUCGAUGAUAUUCGUUCUUAGGCCGACUUUGAGACGGUUUAUUAAGAGGCUGCCUCAAGGUGAACCUGUGAAAGAAGUGUAUGUUCUUGGGAUAUUACUUGGAGCAUUCAUUAUGUCCUUCAUAAGUGAUAUUAUAGCUGGAUCCCCUGUUUUAGGAGUUGCAUUCCUUGGUUUAAUUAUACCAAGUGGACCUCCUCUAGGCACAAUAAUCCAACAAAAGAGUGAAAUGUUUAUUAAGAAUUGUCUUCUUCCUUUCUUUUACUUGGCUGUUGGUGAUAUGACAGAUAUAUAUGGGAUUAAAAAUCUCAAGUCUCAUAUUGGUUACCAAUCUAUACUUGUUAUUGGAUAUUGCAUCAAGACAUUGGUUAUCAUGUUAUCUGCAAUGUUCUAUAACAUGACCCCUAGGCUGGGAUUGGCUCUUGGUCUAGUCAUGAAUACAAGUGGGGUGCUUAAUACUAUGGUUUUCUUCAGUUACACACUACGCCAGACAAUGUAUAGCAAUCAAGCUUCUCAUCUUGUGUUAAAUAGUAUGAUUGUCACAGCAUUGGUAACACCACUCGCAUUCUAUUUGCACAAGGAACGUUCUACAAGAUCUACUAAUUUAACUCAAAGUUUAGACUUAUCAUUCCUAACAAGGUCAGAAGCUUCUAAGCUGCAAAUCCUUGCUUGUGUUGAUAGCGAAGAUCAAAUUUCAGGCCUCAUUACCUUGCUCAAUGCUACUCACCCAACUGAAUCUCACCCUAUUAGUGUUUACUUGGUACAUUUAACGGAGCUUCUUGGUCAAGCAACGCCUGUGCUCAUGGCUCAUAGGGAGCACAAACGGAUAUGCGAUUACAAUGGUUGCCUUCACAUAACAAGUGCCUUAAAAAGCUAUACUGAAAAUUCAAAAGGUGGUAUCAACAUUCAACUCCUGACUAUGAUCACACCAUUUAAGAGCAUACAUGAAGGUAUUCGUUUUCUAGUUGAGGACAAUAUGAUUCCUCUUCUAAUUGUCCCUUUUAACUAUAAGAGCCAAUUAGGUGAGUUUGCACCAAGUGCCUCGAGUGACCUUAAUCGCAAGCUACAAUUACACAUGUCAUGCACAAUUGGAAUUUUGGUACAUAGGGAUAAGGCUAAUAAGCAAUGGAGUAGGCAAUUAGAUAAAUUUUCCUAUCGCGUUGCAGUGAUCUUCUUCGGUGGGGAAGAUGACAGGGAGGCUUUAGCUUAUGCAACACGGAUGUGUAGACAACCGCGUGUUAGAAUUACAAUGACAAGAAUAGUGGUAAGAGAAUGUGGUGAUCAUGUGAAUAAGGAUGAUAAGAAAUUGGAUGAAACAGGGGUGAAUUUGUUUAAAGCUAGAGUUACUAAAAGGUCGCGGGUUCAUGUGUUUCAAGAAAUUCAUGUAGAGGAUUGGUUACAAGCACUUGAUGUGAUUCACUCUUUUGACAACAAUUACGACCUUGUGAUGGUUGGGAGACGCCAUGGUGAGACCGCUGUAGAUGAACAAGAAUUGUCUGUCUUAUGUGAGAAUCCGGAGUUAGGGCUCAUAGGUGAAAUAUUUGUUAGCAAUGAACUUCAUUGGGGAAAUUCAUCUGUUUUGGUGAUGCAACAUUGUAGGGAUGUUGGUAGAGAUGAUGUAGUAGAAAAUCUAAAUUUGUUGGAAGGUAAUGUAUGAUGGCUAAGAUUCAAUGAUGAUCAAUAGCUUGGACUAGAAACCAUGCAUUGUGCUAUGUUGCAUAGUUAUGAGCAUUUUACUUUUUACUUUAGGAGAUAAUAUAAGAGACAGACUGGGUUUUGCAAUUUUUUACCAAGUAUAUACUCCAACGUGAUUGAGGGGAUGUAUCUCCGAUCGAAAUGUAAAUAUUGUGAGAUAGAUAUUCAUACAAGUUUUGUAGAAUUUGAAAAUGACAUAAAAGAAGGAAGAAUGAUGGUCCAUAUAAACUUUACUAUUCUCCAACCCCCAA